GCCACAAAAAUUAUGAAGCAAAUAAUCGAUAAAUUUGCCACCCAUGAUCUAUUUGGACGUGACAAUUAUGAAUAUUACGCGAGAGUUACUGGGCGUAUUCUUAAGGUACAGGAUGAAUGGAUUUGUAGCUUUCAGUAUCCCCCUCCACCACGUGGUAAAUUGGCUCAACAAAAAUAUGCACUUCAACACUCUCUGGAGGCAGAGAAGACAUGGUUGCAAUGCCAAUGCGAGCGGUGGGGUUUGCUUGCUCAGGAAGAAUCCCGCUCUACGCCUGCCUUGCUAACCAGCUCAAGCUCAGCUUUAGACAACAGCGUGCUGUCACUUGGCGUAACACCAGAACACUCUUUUAUUGAAUCAUGUGCACGACUAUCUGUCUCCUUGGAAGGCCCAAGUCUAUUCGCGUUGACAUCUUCUCCGAUACCAAAGCGAAAUGCUCAGGAUUUGCAACGUGACACCGACAAUGAUGCUGACGCCGAUGAAGAGAAUUUUGCCGACGAAGAUGCUGACGCUGAUACCGAUGACUACGAAGAAGACUUCGCAGCUAAACUCGAAAUAAGUAACGAAGACGUUUUGGAAAAUAAUUCGAAAAAUAACUUUCCACGUACGACUGCUCCAAGCAAUUAUAGAACUGCAGCGGCAUCUACAGGCAAUAAUCGCGCCUUAACACAGGGUAAUGCCGCUAUGAAUACCACUUAUACUAUUGGUGUUGAGAAUAUCGAUAUAGUUGACUCGAAUGAUGAUGAAGGAGAUGAUGAAGUGACUGUAGUAAGGCGCCGUUAUCGUCAGAAUAGAAAGAAAAUACUAACCCAAACACGAAUGCAACACCAACGUCGCCUGCGUGCCGGCUCAAAAAGUCUGGAUGCUGGCGAACGCGCAUCACAGAAACCCUUGAAUAGCGAGGGAUCCGAUAGCAGGACUAAAUCGAAAAACAACAGCAAAAUGCAAAGCAGCAUCACCAGUGGCGGCGGUAAAACGACAACAACGCGCACUUGCAGCCGCUGCAAUCGCGGUAUACGUCAUUCAUCUUCGUGCUCCUCAGCUUCUGGCGGAGGUGGGGCUGGCGGCGUGGGAAAUGGUAGUGGCAUGACUAUGGAAGAAUUGCGCGCUGUAAAUCGCUAUGCAGAGAGUACAAAGAGCCUUUCCUAUUUGCCACAGGUCCAUGAACGCCAAACCGCACGCAUGCGCACUCGCUCCGAAUGGUUUUUGGGCCCUAGGGAUAGUGAGUUAGCACUGAAUUUGCCCAACACAUGCAGCAAUUGUUGUCUGGCUGCGGUACAGAUGCAGCAGCAGCAACAACACUUACAAUCACAUGGCUAUCUAGGUGGCGGCAGCACCCGUGAUAUGCGCGCAUAUCGUGACGGCUUAGCCGAUGGAGCUGAUGACGAGAAUAGUUUGUUAGUGGGCAGCGGUUGCGCACGUAAUGGCAAUCCGCUUUAUUUGUAUUAUAAGAAACGACCGCAACAACAACAGAGGAAUGAUACUCGGCAGCAAACGCAAGCUGAACAUAUGGACACAGAUGAUACCUGCCAUACGUAUGAUUACAAAUUGCAGCAACAACAGCACCAUCUGCAAGUUGAAUCUACAAAUAUUUAUCCUAGAUCACAGGCAGUAGAUCGACGACUAUUAGAGCCUACAGCAACGACCGCGGCAGCACACAAUGGCUGUGGUCGCCGGUUGUAUUUGGAUGCGAAUGCAACAACCAAUAUCGGUAGCUAUGUCGCCUCAUGUAAUUCUACUAAUAAUAAUUAUAUAUAUGAUUCUAAUGAUAUAACUAAAGCCUAUGCUUUCACUACAACUUCUUUUAUAACUACUUCUACUACUUCUACUCUACAAAUAAACUCAAAUUCUAAUACUACCAAGCCUUCUAUUGAUAACAGUAAUAGUGGAAAUAAUUAUCUAGAGAAUGUUAUGAAUAACAACAGUAACACAGAAAACAAGAACACUAAUUUUACAUUGUUAGCAAGUAGUCGCCAACAUCUAAGCAAUUUGUCUAACACUAAAUAUUCACAUUAUAAAAAUUCAGCGACAAAACCAGUGCCGACACGCUAUGAUCUACACCGCAUUCAUCACGUUCGCCCACAUAUAAAAAACAUAAACUCGCCUCCAUAUUUGCAUCCAAACUCACAAUCACAGAACCAUCAGCGCCAACAUAUGGACCAAAAACGAUGUUCAAAUCUGCCCAGUCACUACCAUUCGACCGAUUCCGUGCGUUAUUGCUAUGUAGACUUGGAUGUGGAAAUUGUAACCGAGCCGCCAAUGCCCUCAUCACGCUUAUACCACAGUCCGCGAAAGCAAGUAUUUACUGCAAGGCGUUGUAAUUCAUCCAUCGAUCUCUAUAAAGUUGACGGUGAUGGUGUCGAAGCCAGCAGUGAUAUCGAUCAUAACUAUCUAACAUACUCGCUAUCGAAUGAUCACCAAGAGCCGGCACUUGAUGAAAGUGCAGUAUCUGCGGUAACUAUUCGCCCGGUAUCUUCUGAAACAUAUUCUGUCUCGACUGGUUUUUUGACUGCGUUGGAUACCUCUGUCGCGACUGUUUCUACGGCAGGGGCAACUGGUGAAACUGGCCGUGACUGGCCACUUGCAGCGGCUGAAGAAGUAGAUUUUAUCCCUACAUCCCGUUUUCGGCAGAGUACACCGCGUAUUCAACGUCGUCAACAGCAAAUGCGUCGGCGGCAACGUUUUUCUUCUACAUCGACGCAAUAUCAGUCACUCAACGCAACGGGAGAGAGCAACCUAAUAUCAACGACGGAGGACGGUGGAAACGGCAGUGGCAAUGGCAGGAACACACGUACUGAAAACGGCAGUCAUUUUGUUACAAUCAUCUUUAAUGUUCUAGACUUCUUAUUUUAAUGCAAUUUCAUAUGUAUGUGUUUUAUUAUAAGUUACCUAAAUAUUAAGAUUGCUUUGGCGCUUUUUUAUAAAACUUUUUAUUUAUUUAUCUUUUAUUUCUGAGUAAUGCAAUUAAUGUUGUGAUUAACGACAGUAUUGGUUGGUUUACUGUGUAGAAUAUUAACAAGGCUAUAUAUUUAAUUGUUUAAUUUGUGUUUGUGCGGAUAUAUUGAUUUGUUACUGUGCAACUUGAUAAUUUGGAAAUAUGACAACUUAAUUUAAAAGCUAAAGCGCAAUUAUAGAAAAAUCCAUUGUGAGAAGAAAAUUGCGACAUCAAUUAAAAUUUGCCCCUCACAUUUUUGCCAAGUGUUUGGUGAAGCUUCUUCUCAAAUUCGUCUUAAUGUUGUCUCAGAAAUGGUGGGACUUUUAAGUUUUCGCUGCCUGCCAAGGCGAAAUGGUUUUCAAGAAAAGCUAUUUCAUGCUGUUAGAAAAGUUUUUCAAUUAUAUCUUGCAUAGACCGUGAAUUUAGAUUGAACCUGGGUUCUACAGAACGUUUAUACGCAUCUCAACAUCUUGGAUUCGAGGACCACACAUUUUUUAACUGGUAACAAAAAUUGUAAUAGAAAACAAUUUAGAUCAGUGAAUCCACCAGGUGUUGUCGUCAAGCUCAGUUU